AUGCAGUACAAUCUUUUUCUUUAUGCAAUUCCCCUCAGUGAUCGACAAAGCCGGAACCGAAACCUUGUCGAACAAAGAGCUUUAAACCAUAAAGUGAUUAUAAAGAUGCCAAUUGAAAAUGUUACCCCGUCUCAAUUGAGAGCUUGCACAUCAGUUUUCUUUUUAGUUUAUAACAUCACUUCUUUUGGCUCUCUUUUCUUUUGGCUCUCUCUCCCUCCUUUCUUUUUUAAUCCAUUCAUUUUUUUUACUUUCUCUCCCUCCUUUCUUUUGACUCUUCCUUUUUUAUAUUCACUCUCUCCAUUUCCUUUUUACAUUCACUCUCCCUCCUCCUUUCUUUUUACCUGCUUUCUCUAUUAUUCUCUUUUUUUACUUCUCUCCCUAUUUGCUUGUUCUCUUUCUGCUUCUCCCUUUUUACUUUUAUCCUUUUUCUUACUUAAUAUUUUCAUAAAUCUUCUCAUUUUUUUCUAUCUUUGCAUUUCUAUUUGUUUUCCUUUUCUUAAUACCCCUGCUAGGGAAGAAGAACUGGUUCCUGGUUUAGGAGUAAAGAUUCCAGAGGCGGAACUGACUCGGAUACAAUUUAAUGCUACCAGUGCCAAUGAUCCAGCUGUUUUAGUUAUUGCUCUUCUUCAACACUUCUUUUCUGAUGAAGUCCUUGCAAGAUCUACAGCUACAUCGUGUCGGGGAAAAGGACGAGCCAAACAUUCCACAGCCAGACCUCUCAAUCAACGGAUAAUGCAGGCUAUUCGAGAAUAUGCCACAACAUUUGCACAAAAAAUCAACCGAAGUCUCACAGAGACACAAGUUAACCGAAUAACAGCAAACAAAAUUGGCACUGCUAAAAUGGCUCUGAAACGGCGCCAGGAAGAUCGUAAUUUGAGUUUGCACAGCCCAAAUAGAAACAAAGUAAAAAGGCAUUCCACUGCAACUGAUACGCUGAACACUGAAGACAUUUUGAACUUUUCAGAUGAACAGCUCAAUUUUGUUAUUAAAGUGGAAAAAGAUGAAUUUAAUCAACCUUUAUCAUAG